AUGAGUGAAACUACGAAUUCCAAUAAUAUAACUCUUAAAAAACGAAAAGCUUCACGUAUUUUGCGUAGUGAACUUUUUACUAAAGGAUUUUUUGAAGAGAAAGAUCUUUCAUCAGAACAUAAAGAUGCAAAAACUCAUCGAGAAGUUAAAUGUCUUAAUUGUCU